GGUAGACAACCACCAUAUAAACGCCACAGAAGGAAAAAGACGAGUGGCAGCAUACUCAUUGAAGCGUUCAGUCUGUGCGGAAGUACUACCCGAAGAAGCUAGCUGAAAGGAAAACGUCCACUAUGGCUGAGGCGCACAACUUGCAGGACCUACAACAUCAAGCAGCCGUCGCCUCCAAAGUGUAUGUCCAGAGGGACUACAACUCGGGUACAAUCUGCAGGUUCCAGACCAAGUUCCCCUCUGAGCUGGAGGCUAGGGUUGACAGGCAACAGUUUGAGGAGACGAUGCAGACGCUCAACAACCUCUAUGCUGAGGCUGAGAAAAUUGGUGGCAAGUCUUACCUGGAGGGCUGCUUGGCCUGCAUGACCGCCUACACGAUCUUCCUCUGUAUGGAGACCCAUUAUGAGAAAGUAUUGAAGAAGAUCGCUAGGUUCAUCAAGGAGCAGAAUGAGAAGAUCUACGCUCCUCUGGGACUGCUGCUUACGGACCCAAUAGAGAGAGGUCUCAGGGUUGUUGAAAUCACCAUCUUUGAGGAUCGAAGCAUUGGCUCCGGAAGAUAAACCACACCAAAGGAUGGCCUAUUUCACCUGGUGCUUCCCAAUUGUCUCACCACACCAUCAAUGAUUCCUUAUGGAUGUAGAUAUAAUUGUUUUUAUUUAUUUCACAUACGAGAUGGGAAAUGUGCACUAGUAGCCUAUAUUCCAGAGAGACCAACACUCCCUGUUUUUACAUGUUUAUUGAGAUGAUUCAUUUUAACGUGAAAAGUCUUAUUCUAGUUAAGCAAGACCACACCUUUAGUAUAAAGGGUGCCAUUUUGUUUUAUAUUGCCAUUUUUUAACCCUUACUCGUAAUUAAAGGUGCACUGUGUAAUAGGUCAAUGCAAAUAGCCCUUAAAGGUAUAUUUCACCCACAGUUUUUAAACCUGUGUUUUAAAAUAUCCUCUCUGCUUCACCAAAAUGUACAUAAUUAGUCAAAUGGUUCCUUACCUUGACAGUAGUCUAUGGGCCAGGAGAAACUGUAAUCCCCCACAAUUCAGAUGUUUACUUUAGCAUAUACAAUGAGAGGGAAUGGGGCAGUGCUAGCAUGUUCCAAACUCAUGGAUUCUCAUUCCUGGAGUUUACAAACGAUAACGAUGUACAGUAACAGCACAUUUUCUGAGUUAUGGUUUGCUACUUCAGUUACUUCUAAGUUGUACUUCUCAAUAACCAACUAUAAGCUUUUGCUAAAAUGUUGCUGCUCCUUUUGUAUGUAUACUGAACAAAAAUAUAAAUGCAACUAUUUCAACAAAAUUACUGAGUUACAAUUCAUAUAAUGAAAUCAGUCAAUUGAAAUAAAAUAAUUAGGCCCUAAUCUAUGGUUUUCACAUGACUGGGCAGGGGUGCAUCCAUGGGUGGGCCUGAGAGAGCAUAGGCCCACCCACUGGGGAGCCAAGCCCAGCCAAUCAGAAUGAGUUUUUCUCCACAAAAUGGCGUUAUAACAGACAGAAAUAUUUCUCAGUUUCAUCAGCUGUCCGGAUGGCUGGUCUCAGACGAUCCCGUAGGUGAAGAAGCCGGAUGUGGAGGGCCUCGGCUGGCGUGGUUACAUGUUGUGAGGCCGGUUGGACGUACUGCCAAAUUCUUCAAACAAUGUUGGAGGCGGCUUAUGGUAGAGGAAUGAACAUUAACUUAUUUGGCAACAGCUCUGGUGUAAAUUCCUGCAGUCAGCAUGCCAAUUGAGACAUUGGUGGCAUUGUUUUGACAAUAUUUUGGUGGCCUUUUAUUGACCCCAGUACAAGGUGCACCUGUGUAAUGAUCAUGCCCUUUAAUCAGUGUCUUGAUAUGUCACAAGUGUCAGGUGGCUGGAUUAACUUGGCAAAGGAGAAAUGCUCACUAACAGGGAUGUAAACAAAUGUGUGCACAAAAUUAGAAAUGUUUUUGUGUAUGGAUCUUUUAUUUCAGCUCAUGAAACAUGGAACCAACACUUUACAUGUUGCGUUUAUAAUUUUGUUCAGUGUAAUUGUCAGAAGAUAACAUAUUGAUUUGGUGUGUGUACUUUUGAUAAGCCUUGUAGGCUAUUUGAUAUGAACUUGUUUCGUAUGCAGCGUUGUGUGGGUUUGUAUUAUGGUUUCUGUUCUAUAGUGACAGUUCACCAGUGUUUAAGCACACAGGUUGCCUGUUAUUGCCAAUAAAGAAUCAGGUUUUCACAUUAGCUAGUUUUAAUUUAUUUAGCUUGACUAAAUGUGAAUUGACAGGAAUUGUGACUCCAACCCUGACUGUGGUUCAACAUAAUUAUGGAGUUUCUAGACUACCCCCUAUCCUUGAUAUUGUCCAAUAUGUGUAAAUAAUUAUUGACCGCAAAUCCACCACAGAAACCUUGAGCAUGCGUUGAAUCCCAAGACAGGAAUUAAAAGCCAAUCUAUUGUUUGUUCUUGUUAUUAUAUGUAGUGUAAUGUGUAUCUACAAAUAAACUAUUUUCUUGAAUAAUC